AUGAAAAUAAAUGCCAAAAAGAUUGACAAGAAGCUAAUUGAUUACAUUAAAGAACAUCCUUAUUUAGAUGAUCUUAUAAAGAAUGUCCAAAGUGGACAUAUUCUCAUGAAAUUUCCAAUAUAUGACAUAUCCAAUAUAGAUGAACUCUUUUACAGCCCAUCCAUGUUCAUUUCUUCCCAUUAUAAUAUAUUGUUCACUAAUUGCAUACAAAAUAAACACAUGACCUUAAUUAAUCCCAAAUUUGAUCCAAAAAAAUCAAAAACGGUCUUAUCAAAGCUAAAAGAAUCAUCAAAAAUGUGUAAUUUGAGUGAAUCUAAGGCUUGUCAUUACCUCACAAUACUUGAUUCUCUUAGAAUGUUCAAUAAUAGCAAACAUGAAAUGAUUGAUAAAGAAACUACUACAACAUUUAAAGAAUAUGUUUAUGAAUCCAACAAUUCACAAAAUAGCAAAGACUAUAUAGCAGUUGAAACCCAAAAAUCUGAAAAACAUGUGCAACAAGAAAAUCGUGAGACUCAGACAGAUAUAAAUGAAAGAGUUGAUCAACUCACUGAUCCUCUUGAGAUGCAAGACUCUAAAUCUAGUGAAGAGAUUGAAAAAUAUAAAAAUGCCUAUUUAGAAUGUCAAAAUCAACUCAAAAAUUUGCAAACUAAUAGCGAUAAGCUUCAGUAUAAUUAUGAGCUAUUAUUAAAGGUUCUUGACACCAUAAAAAUUGAAGAAAUAUCAGGAGAAGAUAUUUCCUUAGACUCUCUGUUGGAAAUGCCAAAUGUAUCAUAG